CGGCUGGCCGGAGUCCCUACCCGGCCGUAGCCGAUCAGGGCUGGUUUGAGCUGGUGCGUUGCCAUAGCGACGCGGGCUGCCCUAUAUAUAGGAGAGCAGCCGGACCGGCGAAGCUUUGUCAGCUGUGGCGCGCCGCUUGCCCCGCCGGCCCCGCUCCUCCUCAGGCGGCAGGGCGCCUCCCGCCCGGCUCCUCGCACCGCGCCCGGCUUGCAAGAGGAGGAGGCGGCGGCUCAGAGCGAGGGCAUUGGCCGCCGCCGCCGAGGCUUGACAGCAGCUCCCGCCACCGCUGCGUGAGCAACAGUUUGUCUUAAAUCCUUUUACGUAAAGCUGAAGUUUUGGAAAUGAUGAAUAGCUUCAGCAAUGAAGAGUUUGAAUUCACCUUCCUUGACGAAGGCUUUACUGCCAAGGAUAUCCUUGACCAAAAAAUAAAUGAAGUGUCAUCUUCUGAUGAUAAAGAUGCCUUUUAUGUUGCUGACCUCGGGGAUAUUGUAAAGAAGCACGUGCGGUGGCAUAAAGCCCUUCCUCGGGUAACCCCCUUCUACGCCGUCAAAUGUAACGACAGCAAAGCUGUAGUGAAGACGCUUGCUGUUCUUGGUGCAGGAUUUGAUUGUGCCAGUAAGACGGAAAUACAACUGAUACAAAGCAUUGGUGUACCUCCUGAGCGAAUAAUAUAUGCAAAUCCCUGCAAACAAGUAUCUCAAAUCAAACAUGCUGCCAGCAGUGGUGUACAGAUGAUGACAUUUGAUAGUGAAGUAGAACUAAUGAAAGUUGCAAGGGCUCAUCCAAAAGCCAAGUUAGUCUUGCGCAUUACAACUGAUGACUCCAAAGCAGUUUGUCGUUUGAGUGUUAAAUUUGGAGCUACUCUUAAGACUAGCAGGCUUCUUCUGGAGCGUGCAAAAGAGCUUGACCUUGCCAUCAUUGGAGUAAGUUUCCAUGUUGGAAGUGGAUGCACAGACCCAGAGACCUUUGUUCAAGCCAUUUCUGAUGCUCGCUGUGUGUUUGAUAUGGGAGCUGAACUUGGCUUCAAUAUGUAUCUCCUUGAUAUUGGUGGUGGCUUCCCUGGCUCUGAAGACGUCAAGCUUAAAUUUGAAGAGAUCACAGGUGUUAUCAACCCAGCACUGGAUAAAUACUUCCCUUCAGAUUCUGGAAUAACUAUUAUUGCAGAGCCAGGACGGUACUAUGUUGCAUCAGCAUUCACACUGGCAGUUAACAUCAUUGCAAAAAAAAUUGUCUUAAAGGAACAAACAAGUUCUGAUGAUGAAGAUGAUGCAAAUGACAAAACUCUUAUGUACUAUGUGAAUGAUGGAGUCUAUGGAUCAUUCAACUGCAUCCUAUAUGAUCAUGCACAUGUUAAACCAGUUCUGCAAAAGCGGCCUAAACCAGAUGACAGCUGCUAUUCCUGCAGCAUAUGGGGACCAACAUGUGAUGGCCUAGAUCGUAUUGUUGAGCGUUUUAAUAUGCCAGAGUUACAAGUUGGUGACUGGAUCCUGUUUGAAAACAUGGGUGCCUAUACUGUUGCAGCAGCUUCUACUUUCAAUGGAUUCCAGAGGCCAACAAUACACUAUGUGAUGUCAAGACCAGCAUGGCAACUAAUGCAGCAGAUCAAGGAGCGAGGGUUCCUAGCUGAAGUGGAGGAGCAGGAUGUUGCUAGUCUGCCACUCUCUUGUGCCUGGGAAAGUGGAAUUGAAUAUCCAGCAACUUGUGCUUCAGCUAGUAUUAAUGUAUAGGUAAUAUUUAGUAAUUAACUGCAAGGUUAGUAAUGGAAUUUAGGGCAUUUGGGGGACCAUUAACUUAAUUCUUGCUAGAAUUUUUAAGUGGUUUUUUAAAGUUUAGGUUUGACAUAAAUGCAACAAAAACGACUGGGAGAUGGGUCACAAUUAUCUGUGUUCCUAUGGAAACUAUUUGAAUAUUGUUUUAUAUGGAUUUUUAUUCACUUUUCAUGUAUGCUACUAAAGACUGACCCUCAACUGUCAAACAAGUAUUUGUAGCUUGUGUAUGGCAGAAACGGGCUAAGCUUAGUGUUUUGUGACCUACCUGUUUUAAAAUAAAGUAUAUUGAAAUAA